AUGAGAAAGCAUCCUGUGAGCACAAAGUUCAAUGUAGGUCUGAAAGGAAACGACACAGUACUCGUCUGCUAUUAUGGAGGAGUCAAGAGGACCCACACUUUUGAUGAUGAUCCUGAGUGGUUGAAGAUUCUCACCAACGGAAUGGUCAGCAGGAUAAUCACCGCGGUGCUAAAGGUCACGUGA